AUGGGAACUUUGAUAAUAUAUCUUUCAAGCUGUACAUUGUGUUUGUUCUUUCUUUUGUUUCUGGCAAAGUUCUUUGACAAAGUAUGGUGGACUCCAAUUCGCACACAGUCUAUGUUAAGGUCACAAGGAAUUAGAGGUCCUUGUUACAAAAUCUUCCAUGGAAACACCAAAGAGAUCAUCAGUAUGGUAAACAAUGCCUCGAGUAAUCCUGCAGAAUUAUCACACCAACAGUUGCUCCCCACUGUAUUACCACACAUUUAUUCUUGGAUCAAGAUUUAUGGGAAUAAUUUCCUCACUUGGCAUGGUCGUCGAGCGUACUUUGUUGUCACAGAACCUGACCUUAUUAAAGAGAUACUUAAUGGUAAAGAUGGAGUAUUUCCAAAAGCAGAACCUGAACAUUAUGAACAGAAGAUUUUUGGAGAUGGAACUAUAACAAGUAAAGGAGAGAAGUGGGUUAAGAUGCGUAAACUAUCCAAUCAUGCUUUCCACGCCGAGUCCUUGAAAGGAUUGAUUCCAGUAAUGAUUGCAAGUGUGGAGAUAAUGCUUGAAAGAUGGAAAUAUCAUGAUGGCAAAGAGGUUGAGGUAUUCCAAGAAUUCGAGCAUUUAACCUCAGAAGUAAUAUCCAGGACAGCUUUUGGAAGCAGCUACUGGGAAGGAAAACACAUAUUUGAUAUGCUAACCCGGUUGAUUAUCAUUCUUAGCAAAAACAAGUACAAUAUUAGAAUUCCUGGAAUCAGAAACCUUGUGAAAACUGGAGAUGACAUUGAAUCAGACAAGUUAGAAAAAAACAUACAUGAUUCAUUCAUAAACAUGAUAAAGAGAAGAGAGGAGGAGGCAACGAUGGGCCAAGCAGAUGGCUUUGGAAGUGGUUUUCUUGGAUUAUUGUUGAAGGCACACCAUGACAAUAAUAUGGCAAAGAAGAUAUCAGUAGAUGACCUGAUUGAUGAGUGCAAGACCUUUUAUGUUGCUGGACGAGAAACAACUACGAGCUUGAUCACCUGGAUUCUUUUUCUUCCAGCUAUUCAUCCAGAUUGGCAACAUAAAGCCAGGGAGGAGGUCAUUGAAAUAUUUGGCAGCCAACAUCCACGCCUGGAUGGACUCACACGAUUGAAGAUCGUAAGCAUGAUUAUCAAUGAAACUUUGCGGUUAUAUCCGCCGGCUGUAAUUGUCAAAAGAUAUGUCCAAAGGCAAGUCAGAUUAGGGAAGUUAAUUCUUCCUGCAAAUAUUGUAAUGGAAAUCCCAAUCCUUGCAGUCCACCACAAUCCACAAAUAUGGGGAGAAGAUGUUAACCUGUUCAAGCCAGAGAGAUUUGCAGAAGGUGUGGCUAAAGCUACAAAAAACAAUGCAGCUGCUUAUCUUCCAUUUUCUUUGGGACCUCGAAAUUGUGUGGGUUCCAACUUUGCGAUUACAGAGACUAAGAUUGCAUUGUCAAUAAUUCUUCAACGUUACAGGUUUUCCCUAUCUCCAAAUUAUGUCCACUCACCUAUUCCCCUCAUCGGCAUGUGCCCACAACAUGGAUUACAAAUCAUGCUCCACAAGCUAUAGAUAAGCAAUAUAAGUUGAUCAAUAAAAUUUACAAGUUUCAAAAGAUGGUUGGUAGCAACUCUCUUCUCUCACUAAAGGAGCAUUACGCCUGUUUGAGGGUUUUUAGCCUUCAUCGGCACAUCAAUAGAAUCAUUUGUUGAAGUUAGUUGGUCCUUUUGCUGGAAUAAUUAUAAAGAAAGUUAAUAAUUUUGUAAUGAAAUGAUAUUCUGUACUUUCGUUGUUAGCUAAAGUAUGCCAGUAUGGCGAUCCCUGAAAUUUCAGGAAAUUGCUUUCUAAACCACGUAAGUAGUGGUUGUAAUUUAUCUGUUUGAUUUGUAAUA